AUGGGAGUUUAUGGCCCAAUUCCUGGGGCUCCCACAAUUCAAAUUGCUCCAUCGGUCAUGCAGGCGAGAUCCAUACGACGGAACCUGACAGCGAGUGAACCCCGACCUAAUCCCCAAGGCUCCUACCACAAUGGAAUGAUCACCCCAAGCCGCACCAUCAUGGUUGCAAACUCUGCUUCUUAUAUUAAUGGAAAGCAGAGGUAUGCUGUCAAUGGUGUCUCAUAUGUUCCACCAGAUACCCCAUUAAAACUAGCAGAUUACUUCAAGAUUUCGGGAGUCUUCAACCUCGGAAGCAUUCCUACCUGUCCUCCUUCAGGAAAUAAUGCCUACUUUCAGACUUCUGUCAUGGCAGCCAACUUCCGAGAAUAUGUCGAAAUCGUAUUUCAAAACUGGGAGGACACCGUGCAGUCAUGGCAUAUCGACGGUUAUUCCUUCUUUGUUGUAGGGAUGGAAGGAGGCCAAUGGACGCCCUCCAGUAGAAAAGUCUACAACUUGAGAGACACGGUAUCCCGCUGCACUACUCAGGUGUAUCCGAGGUCAUGGACCGCCAUCUAUGUGGCUCUGGACAACGUGGGGAUGUGGAAUAUAAGGUCCGAGAACUGGGCCAGACAAUAUUUAGGGCAGCAGUUUUACCUCAGGGUUUAUUCGUCUGCAAAUUCAUGGAGAGAUGAACUGCCGAUCCCACGGAACGCUCUUCUGUGUGGCCGGGCCAGAGGGAGCCACACGAGGCCUUUUUAGGUUAGCAAAACAAGGAAUCACAAUGUCAUGAAGGGGU